CAGAUGAGGGGCCGUUAUUGUCUUUUCGAGUGAAACCGAGAUGCUGUUGAGAGACUGAAGUUUGGAUUUAAAGUCAAGGUGAGUUUCAUUUGGAGCAGGAUGAGAAAUGUGCGAGUAGUUGCACAGUGAGACGGAUUUCAUUAAUGGAGGCUCGGUUUGGGCUAGGCUAAAGCGUCCCUCCUUAUCUCUCCUCCUUUACGCUCUCUUGCCCUCCUCUCAUUCAUUCGAGAGGAGGGGUACAUUGCCUCCUGUAUCGCCCUUGACAGGAAACAGUGGUUCUUCUCAAACAUAAAGAAGGAAACACUCCAGUCUAACUGAGCGAUCGGCUGCUGAUGAAGUCCUGCCAGACACUGAAGGAGGAGGUGUCCGGCCCAGAGACGAUGUCUCAAGAGGAGGAGCAAAUGACUCAGUCCUCCCAAACAUACUUCCACAACACCUCUGCUCCUGAUGCAAAGCCGUUCAAGCGAGAAGCUGCGGCCCAACCGUACUCGGUGGUCAUUGACAACACGAUGGCUACAAGACCGGAGUCGCAGAUGCCCUCAGACCUAAAUCCCCAUUCUGCCCCGACUCAACCGUUUUACCGGGAAGGGGGCGGCGCGGCUGCGACAAAGAGCGGAAAUGGAGGGAUGUCGGAAGAUUCUGAAGCUGAAGCUGAAGAGGGAGGCGGGGCGGAGGACGAAUUCAAACGGGGACAGAUCAUCGUAGAAGUCAACCUCAAUAACCAGACCCUGCAUGUGUCCAAAGGAGAUGACGCAGCAAAUGCAAACACUGCCGGAGAUGACAAGAGCAAUAGUGAGGAUGAGGAAGAAGAAGAUGAGGAGGAAGAGGACGAGGAGGAGGAAGAAGAAGAAGAUGACAGUGUUGAAGAUGACUACAGUGCUGAGGAGGAUCUGGAAGAGGAGGAAGAGGAAAACAACAGUCGGCGAACGAGAGCGCGGCGGGCGCACAGGGGUCAAGUGGCUGCUUCGCCGCUGCGAAAGAGUCACCGCGUAACCGCUUCAUCAACUGGAAGCGUAACCACAGCAAGCGCCGGCGUUACGACUAGGGGGAGGAGGAAGAAUGCAGAGGGCCCGCCCCAGAAGCGUAGACAUGGCAAGGAGGCCAAAAGCUCCACCUCCUCCACGUCAGGAGUGACAGUCGCUGGAGGAGGAGGAGCCAAGGGAGAGGGUGAGGAGAAAGAGACGCUAGCGUGUGAAAAAUGUCCACGUGUGUUCAACACCCGCUGGUACCUGGAGAAGCACAUGAAUGUGACGCACAGGCGCAUGCAGAUCUGCGACAAGUGCGGCAAGAAGUUUGUGCUGGAGAGUGAACUGGCUCUUCACCAGCAGACAGACUGUGAGAAGAACAUCCAGUGUGUGUCAUGUAAUAAGUCCUUUAAGAAACUGUGGUCCCUCCACGAGCAUAUUAAGAUUGUCCAUGGCUUUGCUGAGAAGAAAUUUGCCUGUGAGAUUUGUGAGAAGAAAUUCUACACCAUGGCCCAUGUCCGUAAGCACAUGGUCGCUCACACAAAGGACAUGCCCUUUACCUGUGAAACCUGUGGAAAGUCUUUUAAGCGCAGCAUGUCACUGAAAGUGCAUUCACUGCAGCAUUCGGGAGAGAAGCCCUUCCGUUGUGAGAACUGUGACGAGAGGUUCCAGUACAAAUACCAGCUGCGGUCUCACAUGAGCAUUCAUAUAGGACACAAGCAGUUUAUGUGCCAGUGGUGUGGCAAAGACUUCAACAUGAAACAGUAUUUCGACGAGCACAUGAAGACACACACAGGUGAAAAACCAUUCAUCUGUGAGAUCUGUGGGAAGAGUUUUACCAGUCGGCCCAAUAUGAAGCGGCACCGACGCACGCACACAGGGGAAAAGCCAUACCCUUGUGAAAUCUGCGGCCAGCGUUUCCGCUUUUCAAACAUGCUCAAGGCACACCGAGAGAAGUGCUUCCGGGUCACUAGCCCGGUGACCCUUCAGCCUGCCAGCAUGGCACUUCCCAUUCACCUUACUGGCCACACGCCUUCUUCAAGCCACAUGCCUAGCCCAACCCAGCCCACUCAGUCAACGCCUCUGGGCCCCGUAAUGAUCAGUCCCACCGCGGGGGGGCCCCUACCACAACGGGCGGUCCCUGCGCAUGGCUUCUCUCAUUUACACAUGCAGACGCUGCCUUCACAACAUCACCCCGCACACACUCCUGUCCAUCACACAGGACACGCCCCCAUGAUGAGCCACACCCCUCAGCAAAUCUCAGUGCAGCCUUCUGUCCUGCCCCCUCCCCCCGCCCUGUUCAAGAGCGAGCCAAUAAACCACUGCGCGCACGAGGACUCGUACCUGCGACAGGGCGCCGCUCCGCAACACCACUGAAACACACUCUCUCAUACACAAACUCACUAAUGUGAAAGCAGGUGCUCGCUGGAGAGCAGAGCAGAACAGACGAACGGCAUUCAUCUAAUUCUCACAUGAAUGGGGAAGCUGGAACUCAGUGAAAUGCAAUGAAAUGUUUAUAUGUGUGUGAGUGUGUGUGUGUGAUACAAAACUGAUACUACAAACCAAGUUGCCACUAGCACUCGUGACCAAACAGGAUUGUUUUAGACAGCUGAUCUCUGUGACCUGAUCUCAAGAACACAAGUGCAAACUUCCUCAAGCAUUACUCCGAUUCACUUCACCUCGCUUAAAACUCUAUCACAGCAAUCAAACUGAUGGGCCGUUGGGAUUUCAAUGGCACAAACAUGUUUCUCUCUCUCUCUCGAACUCUUUAUUUACUCAGCUGCUGUUGCAAAGGUUCUACGGGUUCAAUCAUUCACAGGUUAAAGGUCUAGAUUUCAAAAAAUGCAGUGUAACCUCCUUAGAAAUGCAGGUCUUCCCAACAACAGAAAAUAUUCCUGUUCUACAUAAUGAAUCAUAUACAAGUCAUCACACAAGACAUAGUAUAGAGCACUUAAGCAGUAAACUCAGUGUAGUCUAUAUGACUGAAACGUUUCUGUUGCCUGAUUGUGGUUGUCAGUGAUUUUAUUCAAAUAUUGGAGGGUUUUUUCUUAUAUAUAUAUAUAUAUAUAUAUAUAUAUA